AUGCUCAUCUACCAGGACCUCUUCAACUAUGAUGAGAUGUUCGCCGACAUCUACAAAAUCCUGGAGAUCACGGAUGAACUAUGCCUGAAUGUGGAGGGGAAGAUGGUCAGUAGGACAGAGGGUAACAUUGAUGACUCGCUCACUGGUGGCAAUGCCUCUGCUAAAGGCACCGAUUGUGAAAGAGACGAAAGCACAGUAAUCACUGAUGUUGACAUUGUCAUGAACCAUCACUUGCCGGAAACCAGCUUCACAAAAGAAGCCUACAAGAAGUACAUCAAGGACAUCCUCGCUAAUUUCAAAAACUACCAGUUCUUUACUGGUGAAAACAUGAAUCCAGAUGGCAUGUGUGCUCUGUUGGACUGCCGUGAGGAUGAUGAGACUCUAUACAUGAUUUUCUUUAAUGAUGGUUUAGAAAUGGAGAAUGUAACAAAUAUGGCACUUAUUUGGAUCCAUCACCUGUCUGUAUCUUAUCUGGCUGCUGCUUUUCACCACACCAGGAUUUAG